AUGAGCCUCCUCUGGCUAGAAGGUCCCGUUGAAACGCAGAGUAUCACAAACUGGAUUACACUCGAGGGUAGGAGUGCGUACGAGCAUGCCUUGAAGUCGCUCGCCAAGUUGCAAAUACUCCCAAACUCAAAGGAACAGAUACUACUGCAAGCCUCGUUCAAGUCUGGGCUUAGAAAUGGUCUCACUGGAAGUGGGCAAGUAGCAAGCUUUGGAGCUCUGGUCGAACCAGAUAAUGACAUGGGUACUCUCCCCACUGAAAUGCUCGAUAACUAUGCAGUAGAAAGAUGGGAUACGAUCCUCCAUUUUAUGGUAACAUCCGGCACCGAGCAGGCAUCUGCACGGCCGUCAGAAGGUGUCCUAUAUCUUCUGGAGCAUAGUGGCCUCAUGAGUAACGAACAUGGUCGUCGAAUCAUUACAUCGGCUGGGUUCCAAUUUCUUCUUCAAUCACCUCAUGCUCAGCUAUGGGAGUUUAUACUAUCAUAUUUACGCAUGAUGGCAGAGCGAGAAGAUAUGGAUAUGGUCGACAUCCUCGGUUUCUUCUUCAUGUUGUCUAUGACUCAACCCGGACAGCAUUAUUCAACACACACCUUGUCGCCGACGCAGCUUAUCAUGGUCUCCGAUUUGCGUGAUUUCGGACUUGUCUACUUUCCUUCGGAUACCACAACCUCUUUCCAACCAACUCGGUUUGCAACGACACUAACGUCUUAUACAAGCUCAUUCUCCGACCAUGAUUUGACGAUAGAAAAUGGAGCAGAUCUAUCGCAAGAAUUUGUCGUUCUGGAAACGAAUUAUCACGUUUAUGCAUACACCAACAAUCCAUUGCAAAUUGCGGUACUCAACUUGUUUGUCUCAUUCAAGGCACGAUUCCCAAACAUGAUCAUGGGCUCUCUCACGCGAGAUAGCGUGAAGAAGGCGCUCGUAAACGGGAUAACAGCAGAUCAGAUACUCAGUUACCUCGUCACUCAUGCACAUCCGCAAAUGAGGAAGAAUAAUCCCAUUAUCCCCGUCACAGUUCAAGACCAAAUUCGUCUUUGGGAAUUGGAGCGGCACCGUGUCAAGGGACAAGAUGGAUAUCUCUACAAAGAAUUUGCUUCCAUGAAUGACUACGAAGUUGUCGUCCAAUAUGCCCGCGAGCUAGGGGUUGUUCUAUGGGAGAACGCUUCCCGAAGAAUGUUCUUUGCCGAUGCGGCUGGCCGGGUGCAUAUCAGGAGUUAUAUAGAACGUAGAACAGCACUGUAA